UGGAGGCUGUUGGUGGGACAGGUCCUGAUCCACUGGAGGAAGAUGUGUUCCCAGAGGAGGAGGUGUUCUCCCCCCUCCAGACAGACAGCAUGGACCUGCCCGACACCCCUGUGAGUUAUUGCACAAUGGUGCCUUCCUCUCCUAUCAAUCAAACCUGCACACACACACACACACACACACACACACACUUACAGCAGAGUGUUUUCUCUGUCUUUAAGGUCCUGCGUACCCUUGAAGAUAUGCUGGAUAGAAGGCUCAUGGUCCUGAGAACGAUCCUGGACAGUGAGAAGAUCUACCUCAAUGAGCUGGAGACACUGUUAAUGGUAACACACACACACACACUGCUCAGGGUCUUUUGUGUGUUUAUUCAUUUAUAAGUGUCCUUAAGCAUGCGGUUAUGUAUUGUGCCAUACAGCAUCAUUUGCAAUAACAAUUACAACACACGUUUUUACCCGCUCUGGUGUCGGGUGGCAUGCUGCUUCCUCCUGUAGCCACGACACUUCUGUAAUUCUUUGUUGAGAGAAUGGCUUCCCUCUUUUGUUCAGGGCUUGAUUUCAUUAUGAAAACCAUGCUCCCUUCCCUCUCUAACUGUUGUCUCCACCUCGCAGACCUGAAAGGGAUAAGGUGUAAUAUACAGUGCAUUCAGAAACUAUUCAGACCCCUUGACUUUAAAAAAAAAACAUUACAGCCUUAUUCUACACACAAUUGCCCAUAGUGACCAAGCAAAAACAGAUUUGUAUAAAUUUGUGCACAUUUAUUAAAAACAAAAAACAGAAAUAUUACAUUUACAUAAGUAUUCAGACACUUUACUCGGUACUUUGUUGACACACCUUUGGCAGCGAUUACAGCCUUGAAUCUUCUUGGGUAUGACACUACGAGCUUGGCACACCUGUUUUUGGGGAGUUUCUCCCAUUCUUCUCUGCAGAUCCUCUCAAGCCCUGUCAGGUUGGAUGGGGAGCGUGGCUGCACAGCUAUUUUCAGGUCUCUCCAGAGAUGUUCGACCGGGUUCAAGUCCGGGCUCUGGCUGGGCCACUCAAGGACAUUCAGAGACUUGUCUCUGAACUCAACUCCUGCGUUGUCUUGGCUGUGUGCUUAGGGUCGUUGUCCUGUUGGAAGGUGAACCUUCACCCCAGUCUGAGGUCCUGAGCGCUCUGGAGACGGUUUUCAUCAAGGAUCUCUCUGUACUUUGCUCCGUUCAUCUUUCCUUCGAUCCUGACUAGUUUCCCAGUCCCUGCCGCUGAAAAACAUCCCCACAGCAUGAUGCUGCCACUACCAUGCUUCACCGUAGGGAUGGUGCCAGGUUUCCUCCAGACAUGAUGCUUGGCAUUCAGCCCAAAGAGUUCAAUCUUGGUUUCAUCAGAUGAGAGAAUCUUAUUUCUAAUGGUCUGAGAGUCCUUUAAGGGCCUUUUAGUAAACUCCAAGCGGACUGUCAUGCCUUUUACCCGAGGAGUGGCUUCCGUCUGGCCACUCUACCAUAAAGGCCUGAUUGGUGGAGUGCUGCAGAGAUGGUUGUCCUUCUGGAAGGUUCUCCCAUCUCUACAGAGGAAUUCUUGAGUUCUGUCAGUGACCAUCAGGUUCUUGGUCACCUCUCUGGCCAAGGCCCUUCUCCCCCGAUUGCUCAGUUUGUCCGGGCGGCCAGCUCUAGGAAGAGUCUUGGUGGUUCCAAACUUCUUCCAUUUAAGAAUGAUGGAGGCCACUGUGUUCUUGGGGACCUUCAAUGCUGCAGACAUUUUUUGGUACCCUUCCCCAGAUCUGUGCCUCGACACAAUCCUGUCUCGGAGCUCUACGGACAAUUCCUUCGACUUCAUGGCUUGGUUGUUGCUCUGACAUGCACUGUCAACUGUGGGACCUUAUAUAGACAGGUGUGUGCCUUUCCAAAUCAUGUCCAAUCAAUUGAAUGUACCGCAGGUGGACUCCAAUCAAGUUGUGGAAACAUCUCAAAGAUGAUCAAUGGAAACAGGAUGCACCUGAGCUCAAUUUCAAGUCUCAUAGCAAAGUGUCUGAAUAGUUAAAUGUUUUAUAGACUAGCAACAAUGUCUAAAAAACUGUUUUCACUUUGUUAUUAUGGGGUAUUGUGUGUAGAUUGAUGAGGAUUUGUAUUUAUUUAAUACAUUUGAGAAUUAGGCUGUAACGUAACAAAAUGUGGAGAAAGUCAAGGUGUCUGAAUACUUUCCGAAUGCACUGAAUAUGGUAGCCUAUGGUGUAAUAUGGCUCCACCUAAGCUUCUGGAAAGGAUUGUUUUCUCCAUAUUGCUUACACAUUGCUUACACCUGGUGAACUAGGGCUGAGGGAAGUGGGUGAGGUUUUGUAUUGGAAUUCGACCAGAGUCCAUUACAAGUAGGCAUCAUUAUGAGUGAGUGUGAUAGGAAGUGGUUUUGCAAUAACGAGUGACCAAGUCCUUUUUUAUUUCUUAAUUUCUCUACUCCUUUAUCUCUAUCUCAUUAUAAGAUACAUGCUUCUGCUUUUGUGUCAACAAGCAACACAAAUAGAGAAAUAACCCCCAUUUGGCUUGGUAUCGUAAGGCUGGUCAGACCAUAGUACACCCAUGUUGGAAAGUCUGGGCUGUUUCUUCAGAAGCUUGUGCUUAGUGUGACUAAUCAAAUCAAAUCAAAUCUUAUUGCCACAAGCGCCGAAUACAAUAGGUGUAGACCUUACUGUCAAGUCCGUUACAGGAAGAGACGGACCAAGGCACAGCGUGAUAAGCGUACAUUUUAUUUCGUACACAACACACGAACAAAACAACAAAACGAUAAGUGAAGUCCUGAGGUUACACAACACAAACCUUUACGGAACAAGAUCCCACAAACUAACUGGUGCCAACAGGCUGCCUAAGUAUGGUCCCCAAUUAGAGACAACGAGCUACAGCUGUCUCUGAUUGGGAACCACCCUGGCCAACAUAGAUCAACACGAUCUAGAACAGAAACAUAGAAAACUAAACAUAGAAAAUCCACACCCUGGCUCAACAUUUAAGAGUCCCCAGAGCCAGGGCGUGACAGUACCCCCCCCCCCAAAGGCGCGGACUGCGACCGCGCCACACAAACACAAGAGGGUAGGGGCCGGGUGGGCAUUCCGCCUCGGAGGCGGAUCCGGCUCCGGGCGUGACCACCACCUUUUCUCCACCUCCCCGUUGCGCCCCUGGUCUAGUCCCGCUGACUGGAGCUGGACCCGACGACGGUGGACCAAACCUUACCGGCUCCGGACCGGAGCCGCUGGCCGGAGCUGGACUGGACACCGGUGGAGCGGAUUGCUCUGGCUCCGGAGUGGAUCCGCUGACUGGAGUUGGACCGGACCCUGGUGGAGCGGAUUGCUCUGACUCCGGAGUGGAGCAGCUAACCGGUGCCGGACCAGGCACCAGUGGAACAGGCAUGGGCCGUGCCGGACUGGACACACGCACCACUGGCUUGGUGCGGGGAGCAGGAACGGGCCGGACCGGGCUGACGACGCGCACCACUGGCUUGGUGCGGGGAGCAGGAAUGGGCCGGACCGGGCUGACGACACGCACCACUGGCUUGGUGCGGGGAGCAGGAACAGGCCGGACCGGGCUGGCGACGCGCACCACUGAAUUGGUGCGGGGAGCAGGAACAGGCCGGACCGGGCUGGCGACGCGCACCACUGAAUUGGUGCGGGGAGCAGGAACAGGCCGGACCGGGCUGGCGACGCGCACCACUGGCUUGGUGCGGGGAGCAGGAACAGGCCAGACCGGGCUGGCGACGCGCACCACUGGCUUGGUGCGAGGGGCAGGAACAGGCCAGGCUGGGCUGGCGACGUGCACCACUGGCUUGGUGCGAGGGACAGGAACAGGCCGGACCGGGCUGGUGACGCGCACCACUGGCUUGGUGCGAGGGACAGGAACAGGCCGGGCUGGACUGGGAACACGCACCACUGGCUUGGUGCGGGGAGCAGGAACAGGCCGGGCUGGACUGGGAACACGCACCACUGGCUUGGUGCGGGGAGAAGGAACAGGCCGGGCUGGACUGGGAACACGCACCACUGGCUUGGUGCGGGGAGCCGGAACGGGCCGGGCCGGACUGUGGAGGCGGACUGGAGGUCUGGAGCGGAGAGCUGACACAACCCGUCCUGGCUGAAUGCCUAUCUCCACACAAUAUGUGUGAGGCAUCAGCACAGGACGUACAGGGCUGUGCACUCGUACUGGCGCUACAGCACGUGGCACUGGCGCAGGACAUACGGGACCGAGGAGGCGUACUGGAGACCACGAGCGUUGAGCCGGCACACCCCGUCCUGGCUGCAUGCCCAUCUUAGCACGACACGUGCGUGGUGCUAGCACCGGACGUACAGGACUGUGCCGGAACACUCACGGCACAGUACGUGGCUCCGCAUAACACGGAGCCUGCCCAGUAUCACGCUUCCUAGCCUGAGUACGGGGAGUUGGCUCUACUCUAACUCUAGGCUCCGCCAACCACCCUUUUAGCCCCCCCCAAAAAAAUUAUUGGGGCUGUCUAUCGGGCUUCCUCCUCGGCCGGUACCCUCUGCGUUGCCGCUGCUCCUCUCUGUAGCGCGCCUCCACAGUCUCCUCCCAAGGACGGCGAUCCAUUCCGGCCUGAAUCUCUUCCCAAGUCCAGGAUCCCUUCCCGUCCAGGAUCUCCUCCCAAGUCCAGGCUGUCUGUUCCUGGACACGCUGCUUGGUCUUCUUGUGGUGGGAUCUUCUGUCAAGUCCGUUAAAGGAAGAGACGGACCAAGGCGCAGCGUGAUAAGCGUACAUUUUAUUUCGUACACAACACACAAACAAAACAACAAAACGAUACGUGAAGUCCUGAGGUUACACAACACAAACUUUUACGGAACAAGAUCCCACAAACUAACUGGUGCCAACAGGCUGCCUAAGUAUGGUCCCCAAUCAGAGACAACGAGCUACAGCUGUCUCUGAUUGGGAACCACCCUGGCCAACAUAGAUCAACACGAUCUAGAACAAAAACAUAGAAAACUAAACAUAGAAAAUCCACACCCUGGCUCAACAUUUAAGAGUCCCCAGAGCCAGGGCGUGACAAUUACAGUGAAAUGCUUACUUACAAGCCCUUAACCAACAACACAGUUUUUUAAAGAAAUUUUUUAAAUAAAGUGUUAAUUAAGAAAAAUAGUUAGCUGUUCAGGAGUCUUAUGGCUUGGGGGUAGAAGCUGUUGAGAAGCCUUUUGGACCUAGACUUGGCGCUCCGGUACCGCUUGCUGUGCGAUAGCAGAGAGAACAGUCUAUGACAAGGGUGGCUUGAGUCUUUGACAAUUUUUAGGGCCUUCCUCUGACACCACCUGGUAUAGAGGUCCUGGAUGUCUGGAAGCUUGAACCCAGUGAUGUACUGGGCCGUACGCACUACCCUCUGUAGUGCCUUGCGGUCGGAGGCAGAGCAGUUGCCAUACCAGGCGGUGAUACAACCAGUCAGGAUGCUCUCGAUGGUGCAGCUGUAUAACUUUUUGAGGAUCUGAGGACCCAUGCCAAAUCUUUUCAGUCUCCUGAGGGGGAAUAAGUUUUGUCGUGCCCUCUUCACGACUGUCUUGGUGUGUUUGGACCAUGAUAGUUUGUUGCUGAUGUGGACACCAAGGAACUUGAAGCUCUCAACCUGUUCCACUACAGCCCCGUCGAUGAGAAUGGGGGCGUGCUCAGUCCUCUUUUUUGUCCUGUAGUCCACAAUCAUCUCCUUUGUCUUGAUCACGUUGAGGGAGAGGUUGUUAUCCUGGCACCACACGGCCAGGUUUCUGACCUCCUCCCUAUAGGCUGUCUCAUCGUUGUCGGUGAUCAGUCCUACCACUGUUGUGUCGUCGGCAAACUUAAUGAUGGUGUUGGAGUCGUGCCUGGCCAUGCAGUCAUGGGUGAACAGGGAGUAGAGGAGGGGACUGAGCACGCACCCCUGAGGGGCCCCCGUGUUGAGGAUCAGUGUGGCAGACGUGUUGUUACCUACCCUUACCACCUUUGGGCGGCCCGUCAGGAAGUCCAGGAUCCAGUUGCAGAGGGAGGUGUUUAGUCCCAGGAUCCUUAGCUUAGUGAUGAGCUUUGAGGGCACUAUGGUGUUGAACGCUGAGCUGUAGUCAAUGAAUAGCAUUCUCAUGUAGGUGUUCCUUUUGUCCAGGUGGGAAAAGGCAGUGUGGAGUGCAAUAGAGAUUGCAUCAUCAGUGGAUCUGUAUGACAGUGUGUAAAGCUUAGUGUGUGAGAGAGAAUUUUUAGUGUGUGUGCUGUGAGAGUGAGUGUCAAAAAGGCUUUUGAGAGAUACAUGUGUACUGUGUGUCUAUAUUUACUAAUGUGUGAAUGUUUAUAGCAUGCUUGAUUAAACCUCUGUAUUAAUCACUCUCUUCUCACCUCCCGCUUUCUCAAAAAAUUUCUCACACCCACUCUCUGUGUCUCUCUGUCUCUCCCCCCCCCCCCAUCCCCUCCCUCACCUCCUUCCUCUCCCAGCCUAUGAAGGCUCUGAAGGCCACAGCAGGGACGUCUCAGCCGGUUCUAUCCGGCCAGCAGGUCCAGAUUGUGUUCUACCAGGUGCCUGAGCUCAGAGACCUGCACAGAGACUUCUACAGUGGCCUGAGGGACCGCCUGGUGCCGCUGGGGCCACAAACACACCCAGAGACAGACCCGGGGCCGGGGCCGGGGAAAGAGCAGGGCCAAAUGGGCUUCCACCUAACUGUUGGAGACCUCUUCCUCAAGAUUGUGAGUUACUCCUCCUGCUCCAUCCAUCCAUCCUUUUAUUGAUCCACUAUCAGCUACAGGUGUCUUAUUUCGCACCUAUUCUCACACACACAGGUGAGCCAGCUAGGUGUGUAUCGUGGUUUCAUAGAUAACUAUGAGAGUGCUGUGAAGAUCGUGAGGAGCUGUACUCAGACUGACCAGCGCUUCAGAAUACUGGCUGAGGUAAGCUUCAAAAUACUGGCUGAGGUAAGCUUCAGAAUACUGGCCGAUGUAAGCUUCAGAAUACUGGCCGAUGUAAGCUUCAGAGUACUGGCCGAUGUAAGCUUCAGAAUUCUGGGCGAUGUAAGCUUCAGAAUACUGGGCGAUGUAAGCUUUAGAAUACUGGACGUUGUAAGCUUCAGAAUACUGGGCGAUGUAAACUUCAGAAUACUGGCCGAUGUAAGCUUCAGAAUUUUGGGUGAUGUAAGCUUCAGAAUACUGGGCGAUGUAAGCUUUAGAAUACUGGACGACGUAAGCUUCAGAAUACUGUGCGAUGUAAACUUCAGAAUACUGGCCGAUGUAAGCUUCAGAGUACUGGCCGAUGUAAGCUUCAGAGUACUGGCCGAUGUAAGCUUCAGAAUACUGGGCGAUGUAAGCUUCAGAAUACUGGCCGAUGUAAGCUUCAGAGUACUGGCCGAUGUAAGCUUCAGAAUACUGGCCGAUGUAAGCUUCAGAAUACUGGCCGAGGUAAGCUUCAGAAUACUGGCUGAUGUAAGCUUCAGAAUACUGGCCGAGGUAAGCUUCAGAAUACUGGCCGAGGUAAGCUUCAGUAUACUGGCUGAUGUAAGCAGAGUACUGGCCGAGGUAAGCUUCAGAAUACUGGCCGAUGUAAG